AUGUCAAUCAUAGUCAAAGGAAAACUGACUACCACCGUAAACCCGCCGCAUUGUACACAAGUGACGAAAAGUACCGACUAUCAGGCUAAGUAUAAUUACGACUACCCGGUAGUUUAUAUUCCUCCCGGCCAGCGCGAAGCCUUUCAACGCUUAUUCUGCAUCAAACCACCCACAGUGAACUACGAAGGGACAGUAGUAUGCGAUUGGGUUGCUCCUCCUGAGGUUCAGUUCACAUUUGGUGAUGAAUACAUGCACGUCGUACGACAAGAUCCUACCGGUAGAUACCUCGGCUCGAAUCGUGGCCAGAUAUUCUACACAGCUCACGGCCUACUUACCACUUGGGCUACAAACGUGACUAUACCAGUUCCAGAUAACAUGCGAAUGAUUUUUAUCAAGGUGAUUGUAGACUCCACACAAGAACCCAAAGUUAACUACGACCACCAAAGUAAGACAAUCAACAUCAAGUACUCCUGGCAUCAAGCGCCUUCGUCGUCUUUCAAAAUUAUAGCUCAAGGCUACCUUUUCGAUGAUAAACCUCAUCUUGGAUAG